GACAAUGCAGCCAGCACCGACAGCAAAGCCUCCACAGAAACAGCUUUAUCUCGUGCCAAGAGAGGAAGCUAUAACAUGCUGAGGCUGGGCCGAGGUCUAAAUAUGCUGAGGCUUGGAAAACGUAACGACGAAUCGGCCGCACAAGAGGAAGAAGACUUAGAAGACUUUCUGGCUUGGCGUCCAGCGUAUAAUGAGCCUUAUUCGUUUGAAUCUUAUGAUAAUUCCUAUCCCGAAGAGGAUAUAGAAAUACCAGCACAUGGAAGAUUUAGACGGUCAACACCCAGUGGCAAAAUUGAGGUGCCUUCAGAUGUGUCCCAGCAAUUGGAGUCAUCGCCAAAGGAUUCUGUUCCUGCUGAGUUGAAAAUUAGUGCUGACGGGGAUCAGUUCGAGGCUUUUCCCGAUGAUAACGUUUACUUGUACGACGAUUUGGCUGAUGGAAUUAUCCAGCCGGCAGAAGGAGGAGAUGAGCUAGACAAGAGGUCUUUGGGAAUGCUUAGGCUUGGAAAGAGGCAGUUGUCUAUGCUGAGGUUAGGAAAGCGAUCUCUAGGAAUGCUGAGGUUGGGCAAACGGGAACCGGAAGAUGACGAAGAGAAGAGAUCACUGGGUAUGCUCAGACUUGGCAAACGACAAUUAUCUAUGCUUAGACUUGGGAAACGAUCAUUGGGCAUGCUUAGACUUGGCAAACGAGAAGAUGAAAAUUUCGACGAUGCAGACAGUGAAGACGAUAAAAGAUCAAUGAACAUGUUGCGUUUAGGAAAACGACCAAUGAGCAUGCUGCGUUUGGGGAAACGACCAAUGAGCAUGCUCCGUCUAGGAAAGCGUCCAAUGAGUAUGUUGCGUCUAGGCAAGCGACCAAUGAGCAUGCUUCGUCUUGGAAAACGACCAAUGAGCAUGCUGCGUUUGGGAAAACGAGAAGACGACGAGAAGAGAUCUCUAGGUAUGCUGAGACUUGGCAAACGUUCAACACGAUGA